UUACCUUGAAGAUCCUCACUUUAGUCUGUUGUAAUUGUGAAGCCUAGUACACUAUGGUGAAACUUGUGUUGCCAAAUCGAAGACUGGAGACAAGGAUUCAGACAUAUGAUGAACUUGAAAAGUUAGAACAAGAAGAAGCAAAUGAGAGACCAAAAUGGGAUAACAAAGCUCAAUAUAUGCUUACCUGCAUCGGAUUUUGUGUUGGACUAGGAAAUGUGUGGCGAUUUCCAUAUCUCUGCCAAAGUCAUGGAGGAGGAGCCUUCAUGAUUCCUUUUCUGAUACUUUUGGUUUUUGAAGGAAUUCCAUUGCUAUAUCUGGAAUUUGCGAUUGGACAACGUCUAAGAAAAGGAAGUGUAGGAGUGUGGAGUUCGAUCCAUCCUACCUUAAAAGGAAUAGGCAUUGCAUCCAUGAUGGUAUCCUUCCUUGUAGGAUUGUAUUACAACACCAUCAUAGCCUGGGUUAUGUGGUAUUUUUUUAAUUCCUUCCAAGAACCUUUGCCAUGGAGCAGCUGUCCAGUAAACAUUAACCGGACUGAGUAUGUUACAGAGUGUGUGAGAAGCUCUCCUGUUGAUUAUUUUUGGUACAGAGAAACUCUAAAUAUUUCUACAUCAAUAAAUGAUUCUGGAAGUCUCCAGUGGUGGCUUGUGCUUUGCUUAGCCUGUGCAUGGGGUGUUUUAUAUGUGUGUACCAUAAGAGGCAUUGAAACAACUGGAAAGGCUGUUUAUGUCACAUCAACCCUACCAUAUUUGGUACUCACAAUUUUCUUGAUUAGAGGAUUGACUUUAAAAGGUUCAGUGAGUGGAAUUAAGUACUUGUUCACUCCAGAUGUUUCAGAACUUGCAAAUCCAGUAACCUGGCUAGAUGCUGGCACACAGGUUUUCUACUCAUUUUCUCUCGCAUUUGGAGGACUAAUUUCUUUCUCCAGUUACAAUUCUGUCCAUAACAACUGUGAGAGGGAUGCUGUUAUCAUCUCUAUUAUUAAUGGCUUCACAUCAAUUUAUGCAGCCACAGUAAUCUAUUCAAUCAUUGGAUUCCGUGCCACAGCCAGAUAUGAUGACUGUUUUGACAGCAAUAUUCUUGCUUUGACAAAUGCAUUUGAUUUGCCAGAGGGAAAUAUAACACAAGAUAACUAUAAUAAUAUGUUUAACAUGUUGAAUCAAACAAACACAGAUAUAAUUGCAUCUUUACGCCUUCAGACUUGUGAUCUAAAUACAAUUUUAUCAGAGGGUGUGGAGGGAACUGGUCUAGCAUUCAUUGUCUUCACUGAAGCCAUUACAAAAAUGCCGAUUUCCCCGCUAUGGUCGGUCCUCUUUUUCAUUAUGCUCUUCUGCUUGGGUCUUUCCUCUAUGUUUGGAAAUAUGGAGGGUGUAUUAGUACCUUUGCUGGAUCUUAACAUAAUUCCCAAGACAUGGCCAAAAGAAAUCGUCACAGGUUCUAUAUGUGCAGUAUCAUUCCUAAUAGCACUUAUAUUUGUGCUGGAAUCUGGGAACUAUUGGCUUGCACUUUUUGAUGGCUUUGCUGGAUCUAUUCCUCUACUAAUCAUAGCAUUUUGUGAAAUGUUUUCUGUGGUAUACAUCUAUGGAAUCGACAGAUUUAACAACGACAUCAAAUUUAUGAUUGGACAUAAGCCAAAUAUUUUUUGGCAGGCUACAUGGAGAGUUAUUAGUCCUCUUAUUAUGAUAGUCAUAUUCUUCUUCUACUUUGUGGUAAAAGUUACCCAGGAAUUAUCCUAUAUCAUUUGGGAUCCAAACUAUGAUGAAUUUCCAAAAGCAAAAAAAGAAAAUUAUUCAAGCUGGAUUUAUGCAAUAAUUGUAGUUCUCGCUGGAGUCCCAAGUGUUGUAAUCAUUGUGUAUGCAAUUUACAAAUUCAUAAGAAGCAAAUGUACAAAAGAGGAUGACCAGCAAGUAAUGAUUAAUGCUGCAUCUGUUGCAUCCAUCAAUGGAGAGGCUAAAAACCAUGUCUAAAAGUAUACAAAGAAAAAUGAGAGUUUAAACAGACUGUAAAUAAACACACAGAUAUACAUGGCUGUCAGAAAUUGCAGGGUCACUUACAGAACAAACUCACAUACAUAGAUGCUCUCUCACAGACAUGUUUUCACAGCUGCACAUAUAUAUAUAUAUUGAAAAACACACAAAUACCCACUGUUAGACACAAAUAUUAAAACAGAUAUACAUUGCAAAAUACACACAUUUUACAGAUAUACAGUGCCAAACAAUGAUAAACAGAAAUACACCCCUACACAAAAAACACACUAUUGCACAUACUCAGGCAUAUGCAUACAUAUUCUGAUCCAUAUUGACCGCUACUCUGAUGCACGUAGCCAUGCACACACCACUAUAUAAUU